UUUGUACGCCUCACGCACUCACCGCUCACAAUCCAGAGGCAUUGUGGGAGCUGUAGUUCUACAAACCUAAUUCACGCUCCGGUUAACUGGCUCCCUGACUCCGCUCGAACUACAAAUCCCAGAACGCAGCAGAACUUUGUAAGAUUCGAUUUUCUGGGAGCAUACCGAGUGACUGAAUUUGUUUUAAUAAUAUUUGCUAUGGAGUGGGUUCCGAGUCAGACGCUGUGGAUUAAAACGUAAUGUAUUUAUUUUUUGAUUAGCACGAUGCCGGUUCUUCAGUGGUUAAUGAGGACUGAAACCUCACUUAAUUUCAGGAUCGAGUAAUAAUUUAUAUUAUUACAGUCAGACAUCGAAUCAAACUAGAGAAUUCUGACCACAACUGAGGAUCGUGUUUAUAGUUUAGUGACACGAAUUUAAUUUGUUUAAAAUCCAGCUAAUGCAAAAUCGGGUGCAUAUUAUUAUUGGUUCGCUUGACAACCUGUCAAAAAAAAAAAACGUACCGUCGUUUUGAAACUGAAAAUGAAACCCAAGUAUUUCUGUUUGCUUCGAAAAUAAUGUCUCAGUUAAGUCUCAUCUUUUGAAAAAAAAAAAAAAACGGUGUUUACAUUAUUAUUAUUAUUAUUAUUAUUAUUACUGCCGAACAGCACACAAGUGGCGUCACCAUGUCUCAUUAGCUUUUGAAUUAUUUUAAUUAGAUUAAAGUCCCCACUUAACUUUACGACACAGUUUUUACAGUCAGUCAAAGAAAAAAAAAAGUUUACAGACGGACUGACCACAAAACUACACUCACGGCAGUCUUACAAUUAAAGCGUGUUGUAAUAAAGACCAGUUACUAACUUAAAGUUAUAAUAUCAACUAAAAGAUCGGUGUUUUAUAUAUAUGUAUAUAUAUUUUGUAAGCGUGUUUAUUUUUUGGUUGUGGGUCACGUUGAAAAGUUUAUUAUAUUAAAAACGACUCGUGUUUAUUUAUUAAUUUAUUUAUUUGUUCUUGUAAUUAUGCCGACACAAAAUAGUUUUACCCUUUUAAAUAAAAACAAAUAAAUGUGUCGCUUGAAGCAGGACCUGAUUAAAGUAAAUAAUAAAUAAAUAAAUACAAAACUUAAGGGAAUUUUGUUAACAAAAACUUAAAAAAAAACAUGUCUUCUUUGGGCCGGCCUCCUUCCUCGUCCUUCACCUCCUCCUCCUCCUCCUCCUCCUCCUCCUCCUCCUCUUCGGGCGGCGAGGGUCUGCUGUCCGGCAGCCGGACCCGCUCCUAUGGCAGCCUGGUCCACUCUCCGGUUCGGGAGAGGCAGCUGGAGCAUCUAGUUCAGCCGGGGGAGACGCUUCAAGGACUGGCUUUGAAGUACGGCGUGACGAUGGAGCUCAUCAAACGCGCAAACCGACUGUACACCAACGACUCGAUCUUCCUGAAGAAAUCCCUCUACAUCCCGGUCUUGACCAAUCCGGAGGCUCCCUCGAGCAGCCAGUCAGAGGCCGGGAAAGAGGAGGGGGCGGGGCCGCCGCAGGGAGAGAACGGCUCGUCGACCAAUGGGGCGGGAGGAGGCGGGGCCGGCGACUUGUCUGCCGCGGACUUCCUGAAGAGAUUGGACGGCCUGAUCAGCCAAUCAAAAGAGGCGGCCGUUAAAAAGAUCCAGGAGGGAGGAGAGAAGGGAUUACUGGAAGGCGACGCCCCUUUUCGCGCGUCGGCCUAUCACAGCUCUCGAGGGCAGAGCCCCUCCCCCCGGACGCAGCAGCGCGUCCUAUUGGGUCCCAUUCCGCUGACAAAGACCCGGCUCACUAAGUCUCUGCGGGACCACGAGGACGAAAUCUUCAAACUUUGAUACUGUCAUGUCCGUCCUGCCCCCCCCCCCCCCCC